AUGGCAUUGCUUUUGGCAGCUGGCAAGCACAGCAGCUAUUUUGACAGCGGGGAUCUACGAAGAGUGACUGCAGGGACCCGGAACACUGAUGCUUCUCCCGACUGGCGCAGCAUGCGGACGGAAGGGCGGGACGGGUUCGACUACCCGUCUCGAGGGGAAGAUGAGAACAUUAUGACUUUGGGAAGAGUCGGAAUGGCGAGUAAGACAUGGCCAUGCCGUGCCGCCCUGACGAACAAAGGAUGCUUAUCAAACUUAUCAGGCGGUGGCUUGAAUAGAUCGAGGCGUGACUUGGAAGGGCCGAGGAACGGGGGUGAUGUGGAUUGGAAGAGCUAUGGUGGGAAUGCUGGAGAGCUAUCCGGAUGGAGUCAAGCCGAGGGGGAUGAGAGCUGCGGUCGGCCAGCGGCGAGCGCCCAGUUUGGGGUCGCAGUUCCGCACCUCGAGAAGACUGGUAUGCAAUUAGAGGAAAGCUUCUUUGCUUUGACACUUAGUCCCGUCGAGUCGGGCCCAUCCCCUGUCAAUCAGUCCGUCUCCGUAUUCCGCGUCUUAUCUCUUGGAGGGGUAAAUUGGGGGGUGGCAUCCUGGGGAGACCCGAACGUGGAAGGAGACGGCCGCCGGGCGAACUACGUUUACCUUGACCUUGACAAAAAGGACGAAGCACAUGCUUUCUUUGGCUUCGCGUCAUCUGUUGCACCGCAUAUAUCUACCGUGUCCCCCUUCUUUUCCUUUUCUUUUCCCUUCGCUUUGCUUUUGCGUUUGAAGAGAGGGGUUUUGGGAAAUUUGAACCGAAGAGACGAUACCCAUCUUUCACCUUUUCUGCCUUACCUCACUUACCUCAUCCUCUCCGUACCACCUUUUGCAACGUUCAUCCCCAUUAGCGAUCACCUGCGCCUUUUGAAGCACACGGGGAAUUGGAAACAAAGAAGACGGAGAGAGCAACGUGGUGGGGAUUUUCGUUUCAACCGCCGCCGACUCUGCCGACGACAACCGAAGACAGAGUAUCCCGACGUCACGGCCACCUGCGAUAUAACGAAUAGCAAUAGCAUAAUGGGCGACAUGAUCAGGGACCUACCGCCCGCCGCCGCCGGCGCAACAUCAACCGAAACUCACACUCCCACGCAAGCGCAACCGCAGCCGCGCAAUAAGCUCUUCCUCGGCUCCUUCAUCCACUCAAAGACAAAGGAGCAGCUCGAGUACCUCCACGGUGCGGCCGUCUGCGUCGAUGCCGCGGGAACGAUUGUUGCUGUGGAAGCGGAGUGCGGUUUGAAGAAGGCCGAGGCGGAGGUUCUGCCGCGCUUGGGGUGGGCAGCUGGCGAUGUCGAGGUUUGUGUUGGCAAGGAGGGGCAGUUUUUCUUUCCUGGGUUCAUUGAUACCCACGUCCACGCAUCACAAUACCCCAACGUCGGCAUCUUUGGCAAAUCAACCCUCCUCGACUGGCUAAACACCUACACCUUCCCCCUCGAAUCCUCCCUCGCCGACCAGAAAAAGGCAAAACGCGUCUACACGGCCUGCGUGAAACGCACCCUCGCCCACGGCACCACCACCUCGGCAUACUACGCCACAAUCGACGUCGCCGCAACGAACCUCCUCGCCGACAUCUGCCUCGCCCUCGGCCAGCGGGCGUUCGUCGGGCGGGUAUGCAUGGACCGCGAAGGGUUGUGCCCGGACUACUACAAGGACGAGUCCGCGGCCGACUCGCUGCGCAAGACGAGGGAGAGCGUGGAGCAUAUCCGGCGCAUCGACCCGGGCUUUGAGCUCGUCGCGCCGGUGCUGACGCCGCGGUUCGCGCCGGCUUGUUCGGGGGAGGCGAUGAGGGGACUGGCGGGGUUGCAGCGGGAGUUGGAUGUGCUCGCGCAGACGCAUAUUUCGGAGAAUGAGGGGGAGAUUGAGCUUGUGAAGGAGUUGUUCCCCGAGGCGGAGAGUUAUACGGAUGUGUAUGACAGCCAUGGGCUGUUGGGGGAGAGGAUGGUGCUCGCGCACGCGAUUCAUUUGUCGGAGAAGGAGGCGGAUACGAUUGCGGAGCGGGGCGCGAAGGUGUCGCAUUGUCCGUGUAGUAACAGCUCCAUCACGAGCGGUGCGGCGAGGGUGAGGUGGUUGUGGGAUAAGGGGAUCGAUGUCGGGUUGGGGACGGAUAUGAGCGGCGGGUAUAGUCCUAGUAUACUCGAGGCGGCGAGGCAGGCUGCGUUGGUGUCGAGGCAUGUUGCGAUGGGGCUGAAGGGGGAGGAGAAGGAGAGGGCUAAGUUGACGGUUGAGGAGGUGCUGUAUCUCGGUACGAAGGGCGGUGCCAAAGUUGUUGGCUUGGGCGGGAAGGUUGGCGGGUUUGAGGUUGGUUUGCAGUGGGAUGCGCAGCUUAUUGGGUUGCCUGUUGUCGAUGAGGAUGGGGAGCAGGAGGAGGAUGGGAAUGUUGAUGUGUUUGGGUGGGAGAGCUGGGAGAAUCGGGUUGCGAAGUGGGUGUUUAAUGGGGAUGAUCGGAAUACCAAGAUGGUUUGGGUCAAGGGGCGGAUGGUGCAUUCGAGGAAGUAG